AUUUUAUCAAAAAUUGGCAAAUUAAUUUACAAUAUACAUCCUGUUCAUCAUCAUCGACUAAACUGGUCGUCUAUCCAUCCUCGCCAAGUCGCCACGUCCAAUUGCUGACCAAUUUCCUGUUCUCAUUGCCACUUCCAUCCACCCCAUCUCUCUCUCUCUCUCUCUAUAACCGUCUCUUUCUCUCUCUCUCUCUCUCUCUAUCUAGAAUUACCAUUUCCAUUUCCAAAUCUCAAAUCACCACCAUAUCAACGCUCCAAUCUCCCCUUCAUUUCGUGUUUUGCUCGUUUCGUUGCAAACAUGAUGAUGGCUGAGGAUCUCGGUGUCGAAGCCAAAGAAGCAUCUUUUCGUGAGGUCGCCAAGCUCUUACCUCUUCCGGAGCUUCUUCAGUCAAUUUCAUCCAUCAAAGCUGAUUACAUUUCUCGCCAACAGGCCAAUGACGCACAACUUAGUACAAUGGUUGCAGAGCAGGUUGAGCAGUCACAGGCAGGAUUGAAAUCACUCUCCUUUUCUGAGAAGACAGUAAACCAGCUUCGGGAAAACUUUCUCUCCAUUGAGAAUUUAUGUCAGGAAUGCCAAACAUUAAUUGACAAUCAUGACCAGAUAAAGAUACUUAGCAAUGCAAGAAAUAACUUAAACACAACCUUGAAGGAUGUUGAAGGUAUGAUGUCCAUCUCUGUUGAGGCAGCGGAGGCUCGGGAUUCUUUAACUGAUGACAAAGAAAUUGUCAAUACUUAUGAGAGGUUAACAGCUCUAGAUGGAAAGCGAAGAUUUGCAUUAGCAGCAGCAGCAUCUCACAAGGAAGAGGUUGGAAGAUUGAGAGAAUAUUUUGAAGAUGUAGAUCGAACCUGGGAGAACUUUGAGAAGACACUAUGGGGACAUGUUGCCAAUUUCUAUAAACUUUCUAAAGAAAGCCCACAGACUUUGGUUCGUGCUUUACGGGUUGUUGAAAUGCAAGAAAUUCAUGAUCAACAGGUUGCAGAGGAAGUAGCCGAGGCUGAAGGGGAUGGUGCAUUAGCAUCAGCCACAAAUCCUCAUAGAAGUGCCACAAAAGCUACAAGCACAAUGCCUUCAUCGAAAAAUUUAACACAACAAAAAUUGAAAGUUCAGGGGAAAGGCUAUAAGGAUAAGUGCUACGAGCAAAUUGGGAAGACUGUUGAAGGACGCUUCGACAAGCUUCUAAAUGAGCUUUGUGUUGAGGACCUGAAAGCAGCUUUAGAGGAAGCUCGAGUGAUUGGGGAGGAACUCGGAGAUAUCUAUGACUAUGUUGCCCCCUGCUUUCCUCCAAGAUAUGAAAUUUUCCAAUUAAUGGUAAAUCUAUACACUGAGAGGUUUAUUCAGAUGCUAAGGUUGCUUAGUGACAGGGCAAAUGAAUUAACAAAUAUUGAGAUAUUAAAGGUAACUGGUUGGGUGGUUGAAUACCAAGAUAACCUGAUUGGCCUCGGUGUUGACGAGUCUCUGGCCCAAGUGUGUUCCGAGAGUGGUGCUAUGGAUCCUCUUAUGAAUUCUUAUGUUGAGCGAAUGCAAGCUACAACAAGGAAAUGGUACUUGAAUAUUUUAGAAGCAGAUAAAACACAGCCCCCAAAGAAAACUGAAGAUGGGAAGCUAUACACCCCAGCUGCUGUUGAUCUAUUCAGGAUACUUGGAGAGCAGGUUCAAAUUGUGCGAGAUAACAGCACUGAUGUCAUGUUAUACCGAAUUUCCUUGGCAACUAUUCAGGUGAUGAUUGAUUUUCAAGCAGCUGAAAAGAAGAGACUUAAAGAACCAGCUUCUGAAAUUGGUCUGGAACCUUUAUGUGCUAUGAUAAACAAUAAUUUGCGCUGCUAUGAUCUUGCAAUGGAGCUAAGUAAUAGCACCAUAGAGGCCCUUCCACAGAACUAUGCAGAGCAGGUUAAUUUUGAAGAUACCUGUAAGGGGUUUCUCGAAGUUGCUAAGGAAGCUGUGCAUCAAACUGUAAGUGUAAUAUUUGAAGAUCCCGGUGUCCAGGAGUUAUUGGUCAAACUAUACCAUAAAGAAUGGAGUGAGGGGCAGGUUACUGAGUACUUGGUUGCAACAUUUGGCGAUUAUUUUACUGAUGUAAAAAUGUACAUUGAAGAAAGAUCUUUUAGGAGAUUUGUUGAAGCUUGCCUAGAGGAAACAGUGAUUGUUUACGUUGACCGUCUUUUAACACAGAAAAACUACAUCAAGGAAGAAACUAUUGAACGGAUGAGGCUAGAUGAGGAGGUCAUCAUGGACUUUUUUAGGGAACAUAUCAGUGUUUCUAAAGUUGAAAACAGAGUUAGUGUACUUAGCGACUUGAGGGACCUGGCUUCAGCAGAGAGCCUUGAUACUUUCACCCUCAUCUAUACAAAUAUACUUGAACAUCAACCUGAUUGCCCGCCUGAAGUUGUUGAGAAACUUGUUGGUCUACGAGAAGGAAUUCCUCGGAAGGAUGCCAAGGAGGUCAUACAAGAGUGCAAAGACAUAUAUGAAAAUACUCUUAUUGACGGAAGACCUCCAAAGACAGGUUUUGUUUUUCCCCGGGUGAAAUGCUUAACUGCUACCAAGGGUGGAAUUUGGCGUAAACUCACUUAAUAUCACGAUUCCUUCAUCGAGAAGGUUUAAUAAAUUGCUUAUAGUUUAUCGAACUAGCUUAUAAGUAUGUUUGAACAAAGAAGAGGUGUUUGACAUAAACUUGUUACAUUAACUUUAUAGCUUUCUGGAUGUUAUUUGAUGUGGCAUUUGAUCUUAUGGCCUUUUACAUUUUCUCUAUGUAUAUGUUUAUAAAAAAACAACUGAUCGCUCCCUACACA